GUCGCUGAAAUGUGCCCUCCCUGCCAGCAGCAGCUGGUGCUGUGCCAAGAGUAACCCUAGAAAUUCUCCAUAAAAGAGCACAUUGACACAGGUUCUACCAAGAAACUCAAGGAAAGCAACCCUACACCUUGCUAAUCUCUGCAUCUUGGUAAGUGCUGGAGUUGGGGCUGGUCUGGGGAAGCUGUGAUUUAAAAAGAAAUGCUGUGAAUUUCGGUGCUCUGGAAAUGCAGCAAUGUAGGUGAAGGAUCCUGGAGUGCUGAGGAUUUGGCUGUUGGUGGGAGUCCAACAGUAUACAAGGGUUAGAAGGGUGGCACUGUGUGAGGGGAGGGAAAGGGGACCACCAGGAGGUGCAUGGAACUCAGCAUGGCUGUAAAAGACCAAAGUAACAACUCAGUGCCCCCUAAUCCAGGCUGGGAGGUGUGGGUACACUUCUAGUUGCCCAAAUGAGGAGAGCAGUGGCUUCAUCCCAGUAUGGGGAGCAGGGAGAUGACCCCCCCUGCAGACCUGCAGGACAGAUUCUGCUCUCCCAGGGCAAACUGCAACCAUCAAAUCCAGUUUGUGAAGUCCUGGUGUACAGCAGCCUCAGUGGAAUCUAAAAUUCCUGCAUAAUAUGAAUUGUAACGGUUGUUAAUGACACCAGAGAUAAAAUAAUGCCCCUUUAGGGACAAGAUUUCUCCCUCCCAAGGCAUGCAUACAGCCAAGUCUAUUAAGCUCUUAACCUCCAGCUACAGUAAUUGCAUUUUUACCAAAAAUUUGAAGUCUAAAUGUUUUAAGAUGAAUUUCCCAUAGGUGAACACCAUUCCUGUUUGCUCUUGCCAAAUGUGUCUGGCAGGGAAUUCCUGUCCUUACCCAUCGAGCAAGAAGCAGAUAAAAGGGACAGCAGUCACUGACCAUGGCCCCUGGUGCAGGGUGACAAAGUCCAGUGCCCUCCAGCAGCCCCUGUGAGCCUCCCUCCUGCAGCCAGGAGAGAAAAGGAUCCCUUCUAAGGAAUCCCAGUUCAGCCUCUCCUUCCCAGCAAAGCUGCUGCAAACGCCGUGUCCCGAGGCAGCUCUUUAUGCCCGUGUUGAUGUCCUGGAUACCAGCACUUUUCAUGGCUUAUUAAUUAACUCCCACCCCCUUCUGGGAACACCUAGCCACUCCCUUCAUCCUCACCUAUCCCAGCCAUUUAUAGCAGUGAACAGAUGCUAGAAAUAGAGACUUGGCCUGUGAGCCAGAGGAGACAAACAGGCACUGGAGUCAGUUUGCAAAGGAGAGAUUUCCCAGCCUGCAGCAGCAUGAAAAGCCCUGGGUGCACUCCAAGGCAUGCCAGGUGUCUCAUCAUUUUCAGCUUCUGCCUGGGACUUUCCUGCCUCUCGGGAUUCUUCCAUAUGAAGAGUAAGAGUUACAGAAUCUCAAAGAGCCACGAGGAGCUGCUGAUCCCUCCCACGCCGUGCCAUGCCAAGACAAAUGUCAUGUUCCUCAAAACCCACAAGACUGCCAGCAGCACUGUGCUCAACAUCAUGUUCAGGUUUGCAGAGAGGUACAACCUCACUGUCGCCCUCCCUGCUGACAAGCUCCUCCACCUGGGCUACCCAAGCACUUUCGUGGCCCACUUUGUGGAGGGCUUUGAAACCAUAGGCCAAAAUUACAACAUCAUGUGCAAUCACCUGCGGUUUAACCCCUCGGAGGUAAAAAAGGUGAUGGCAGCCAACACCUUCUACUUCUCCAUCCUGAGGAACCCCAUUCCUCUGCUGGAGUCUUCCUACAUCUACUACAAGGACUAUGUGCCUGCCUUCAGGAACUCCAAGAACGUGAACGAGUUCCUGGAGUCACCCACAAGGUAUUACCAGCCAGCAGAUUACAGGAGCAACAUCUACGCCAGGAAUAUCAUGUGGUUUGACUUUGGCUACAACAACAACGCCAAGGAUGACACCAACUACACCCAGGCUGUCCUGGAGGAGAUCGAGCACAACUUCCACCUCAUCUUGAUAGCAGACUACUUUGAUGAGUCCAUGAUCCUCCUGAAGCACACUUUGUGCUGGGAUCUGGAUGAUGUGAUUUACUUCAAGCUCAAUUCCAGAAGCCAGGACACCGUCCAGACGUUGACUCCGGAAAGUGAGGAGCAGAUAAAAGCCUGGUGCUCACUGGACUGGAAGCUCUACCUGCACUUCAACCAGAGCUUCUGGAGGAGAAUUGAGGAGACCAUAGGGCUGGAGGUGCUGGCAAAGGAGGUGGAUCACCUGAGGACCAGACAGAAGGAGCUCAUGGAGACUUGUCUGUCAGAGCAGGAGGCAGUAAGGAAGGAUCACAUCAGGAAUAAAGCUCUCCUGCCUUUCCAGUCAGGGGCUGCAAAUAUCCUGGGCUACAACCUCAAACAAGACUUGGACAACACAACUCUGAGAACCUGCCAGAAAAUGGUCAUACCAGAGCUCCAGUACACCUCCUACCUUUAUGCUGUCCAGCACCCACACAAGAAGAGGAAAAAUGUGGGACUGCCAUUGCUGUGGACCAGUCUUCAGGAGAAGAUGCAGCUCCCAGGGUCCAACUAGGACAUGUGGCAACCCACUGUGGCUUCCCACUGCUUUGCAUCCCCCCUUGUCUGACCUGGAACUGACCCACAGGACUCCUGUGCAUGAGGGGGAGGCAGUGGGGCUUUG